AUUUCCCCCACGCCUGCAGCUGCCGCAACCCGCUCGCGCUGCCACACCCGAGGCUGUAGUCACCCGAGGCACGAUCUUUGAGUUGCCCGCUGCAGGGUGUCUCUGCCGACGUCCCUGCGCCAUAUAUCGCCCUGUGUCUUACCAUCGCCACUUACUCUCGCUGCCUUGUAGCUCGCCACGCACAGAGCCUGCUUCCGGAACCACCGUAUGUGCUCUGGUCUCUAUCUCCAGCUCAGAGUACUUCAAGAGUAGGAGCGUAUGCUCAUGAUCGAGCCCACUGUAGUCACCACCGGACUGGGGCUGUAUUAUCUCGACUCGGGUCGAGUCAUACCCCCAAGCAACCAUAAAAUAACGCCCAACUCGGUCACGCCAGACGCGUUCUCCAGCACCCCGAACCUAUCCAUCCAUCUACCCCUCUCGAAUUCCACCGAGAUGUCAUCCACCCACUCUUCUCCCUUGAUGAAAGAACGCAAGAGGUCGGCUCAUUGGUCUGGGCAAGAUACCCAGAUUCUUAUAAAUGUUCUUCUUCGGGAGAAGGAUACCCGGACAGCAGAUAAUGGCUUUCCGCCAGAAGUCUGGCAGGAGGUGUCUGGGCUGUUGAUGGGGAGCAAUCCCAAUCUGGCCCAGGAUGGGUCCGAGAUGCUGCUAGGGGGAGCAAAGACGCCAGAAGCGUGCAAAAGUCGGUGGCAGCGUCUUCAACGCGAUUACAAGGCUGCGAAAGAGCUCGCCCAGCUCCCGGAUAUCAAGUGGAAUAACACAACCCACAGGCUGGAAGCGACUGAGCAUGCAUGGCAGAAUGCUGCAAAGGUCUACGAAAUAACCAAUAAGCACCGCAAGAUCCAUCUCCCAUGGUGGGAUUCCCUCGUCAUUCUAUGCUCCAGAGAAGCCACUCGUAGCCGCGGCCGUCGUCGCCGCAAGAAGAGCAUUGAAGCCGACCAAGAAGAAUACCAGGCCGAGCUGCUCGCCGAGUCUAGCCGGCACGCGGCUCAGGUUCACGCUCAGAUGACGAACGGCCACGGGCACCACGGGUACGAGCCGAUGUCCAAUGGCCAUCAUCCUCAUCACCAUCAUCCGCAAGAACACCAUCAGCAGCACCACCAUGGCAUGCAUGAUCCGAAUCAGGGAGGGUCGGGAUUGGUGGGCUUGUCAAAUGGGGCACUGCAGGCGGUUGAACAUGGAGCUUUUAGCUGGGAAGCGGGCUCGAGUGGUGAUGGGGACUUUGACCAAUCAUUUUUGCCAAACCAAGCAUUCAUACCACAGAAACGCAAUCCCAUGUUUGACCCGGGCCUCUUGACCCCCGAAACGUCCUCGGGAACCACUGUUUCUGCCCCUCUCACGCUUCAUGACACUCCCAAUAAACGCCAACGCACGUCGUCCCGCACAUCCCAAACACACGUCCUUCCCCAUCAGCACCUGGGCAACAUGCCUGGUGCCAACUAUCCUUACGCACCCAUGGCGUCUGGCAAUCAAACUGCGGCGGGCCCUGGGGCGCAGAGCCCAGACUAUGGAAGUGGGGAGGGAAUGCUAGACCCGGUCUUGCUGCAGGCGACGGCAUCGCCGGGUAUAACGCUCAAGACGUAUACGCCGCCGGAGAAGGGUGGGCCGGCCACGACGAUGCAGGGUUCACUCGGCAACCCUCAAGUCCAUCGCAGAGCGCCUUCGCAAUCACAACCCCAACCCCGACACCCACCCACCUCCCAUUCCUCUUCCGACUCUUCGUCUACGCACAAUACGCACAAUAAUCUUCAAAUUCAAGCGCAAGCACACAAUCAUCCUCAGUCCCACCCCCACUUUCAAGCGCAAUCUCAACCCCAAUCUGUACAUCAACCACACCUCACCCAGAUUCAGCCACCUCUCCAGGUUUCUCCUUCCGAUCCCAUGUUCCUUUCAUCCCUCACCGAGUCUCAACGGCGUACUGAAGCACUGCUUCAGCUGCAAACGGUUGACGCGGAUAUGAGGGAUGAGGAAAUGGUAGAGGUGAUGGAAGAGUUUGAGAUGAAUGUGGCGGCGGCGGAUACGUAUCUGGCGAUCAAGAAGGAGGCGCUGAGAAAGAUGUGGCUGGCCAAUCUUGUAAAGAGAAGGCAAAGAUGAGAGGUUAUUGAUGCAGGAGCGUGUUGUUGUCUUUACAUUGGGCAUACAUGACGUUGUACGAGUAUUACGGGGAUUUGGUGAAUCUUGUACUAGGUUAUAGAGAAGUCUCUUGACAAUGUCACGAUUGAUCUUGAGCUUGCAGUAUGCAAACUGAUCGUGUGCCCGG